UAAAAGAAAGCAGGUAGCGGCCUAGCCGAUCAAUACAUAUCGAUUAGCCGUUACAGUGCCUGCCGCAGAUCAAUUCCCACAUCAUGACGUACCUCAGUAUUCCUUUACUAUUCCUCUUCAUACCUUUUCUAUGUGCCACAUCACCUCCUACAGGAACAGCAAGGCCCAAUUUUAAUGAUCAUCAGAAAUUCCCAAUUCAAGUUUUAACAAAACCAUUAGAAGCACAAACAGCUGCUUCAUCUUCGGGACCACAAAAAGUCCAAAGUCCUUUUCCAAUUCAGACCGAUUUAGAUUUUAAGUCGUUUCAACAGGUUUCGCCAAAAGACAGUCAACCAAAAGCUGCUGGGUUUCCCCCGCAGGUGAUCAACUUCAAACCCGCAGUAAGUACAGUAGAUUUUAACGACUACUUUAAAUAUUUGCUUCAAGCUACUGACGCGAGCACCGAAGCUAGUUUGCAUCAAAAUCGGCUAGUACCAACCCUGCAAGCACCCGUAGCGCAUUCGGCUUUGAUAUCUGCCACAUCCUUUAUACCACAGUAUUUAGCUCAAUCCGAAAUAUCGAUAUCUCCAGCAGCAUCUCAACAAAACCAAUUCAAUGAUGCCUUGAGUAACCCAACUCUAAACUUGUACAGCGUUCCUCAACAACCGCCGAGGGGAUACAAUCCAACUCAUUUUGCUUUCCACAGUGGUCCUGUAGGAGCCAACAAUAUCCCGAUGAACGUGAAAUUUAAUUUGCCAGAGAACAACUUCUUUAAUCAACAGUUCCAGAAGAACAAACAGAAGUUUCCGUUGAGUAGCAACAUUCCUGUGAGGCCCACCGCGGAGAACCUACAAGCUAAACCAAGAAGGCCUGUACCGGAACAUUUGCUGAACCAGCAAUUUCCAGUAGUACCCUUCCAGUUGCCUCCGCUUACUAAUGGGUUGCAAGGACCUCAAGAAUUUUAUUACGUCAACAAUCCCCAAGUCAAUCCUAAUGGACAGCCGCAACAAAAUGAAGAGAAACCAGUGAAUGAAGAAAGAGAUGAAAAUGGAAACGAAAACGAAGAAGAAGAGGCAGAAGAAGAAGAGGAAGAACAAGAGGAGGAUGGUGGUGAAGAAAACGAAGAAGGGGAAGAAGAAAAGGCACCAGCUGGGGACAUCGAGGAAGCGUUCAAUUUUGAAACGUUUCCUUUCGAAGCAGGCGACUACGUAGAGCAAAAAGAAAACCACCAAUUCAAACCGUUCACCUACUUCACACAACAGAAUAAAGAGAACAACGAAGAAGAAGAGAACGACGAAGAAAAUGAAGAAGAGACUGAAUCAGACGCCAGCCAGAAGAAUCCCAUCAGCUACCGCCUGCUACAAGACCAACGCCAAUCCGGCUCAGUAAACAAAGAAAAACUCGGUGUCGCGCUAGACCAAAAAACCAAAGCUGUCAAAAGUCCGAAAUUCUACAAGAAACUGAAAAAGUACAAGAAGAAGAAGAAUGGUGCAAAGAAAGGGAAAAAAGCUAAGGGUAAGGCACCAGAGACUCUCGAUGUUGCUGCUUCAAUGAUGAUGAAUUUGGAAGAUGCUCCGAUCACGCGCAAACAGAAAGUUUACAAAGAGAGAUGGUACGUCGCUCAGGAUGUACAAGAUCAAAACAAUCCACCAAAGAAAUAAAAUAAAUAUAUUUGUUAUUUUUGAGUUUACACUUGUUUUUUACUUUAUUACACUUUAAGUUAACAGAGAGAUUCCUAUUAUUUAUUACUAUAAGAUGUUAUAUUUUUUGUUAUUUCUUUUAUUAAAUACAGGGUGGUACUAAGUAUCCCGAAUGCAAUUCAGACCACCCUGUACAUAAGCCAGUAUUAUCAUGUUUGGAAAAUUCCACGGCUACUUUUUUUACUUUGAUUUUUGAAAAGUGCCAAAUAAAAUUCGUAAUUUUAUCGUGAUUUUUCACGUCAAUUUUAGACAGAAUACAUAUACAAAUAUUUGUUUAUGUCUACAUUAUUACUUUGUCUAUGAUUAUUACACAAACUAAUUCUAAUUAAAGGAAGUUAUUAGCAAGUUUUCUGUAAAAAAUAAAAAUGUACUUUUUGUGCCUGCGCUGUAACGUCAUCCAAUGUACAGACUCGCCAUAAAAAGUAUCAUUUUUACUCCUAACAAAACAAUAUACUAUUAUUGUAACUUAUUUUUAAGAGAUAGAAGCAAAAGGCUAUAAACUUAAUUUCGAAAGUCAAAAUAAAUUGAGUAUGGUCCAGGCAGAGGAAAACUGGGUAAAAUCAAUAGAAGCUGCUGCGCGUUUCUAUGGAGAUCCUGGAACAGAGUCACAUCCAGGAUGUUUUUAAUUUAAAAGCGUUG